ACCCCCGCCCGGGCCCGGAGGAUGAUGAAGCUCAAGUCGAACCAGACCCGCACCUAUGACGGCGACGGCUACAAGAAGCGGGCCGCGUGCCUGUGCUUCCGCAGCGAGAGCGAGGAGGAGGUGCUCCUCGUGAGCAGCAGUCGCCAUCCAGACCGAUGGAUUGUCCCUGGAGGAGGCAUGGAGCCCGAGGAGGAGCCCAGUGUGGCGGCAGUCCGUGAAGUCUGUGAGGAGGCUGGAGUAAAAGGGACAUUGGGAAGAUUAGUCGGAAUUUUUGAGAACCAGGAGAGGAAGCACCGAACCUAUGUCUACGUGCUUAUUGUCACAGAAGUGCUGGAAGACUGGGAAGACUCUGUCAGCAUUGGAAGGAAGAGGGAAUGGUUUAAAAUCGAAGAUGCCAUCAAAGUGCUGCAGUACCACAAACCAGUACAGGCGUCCUAUUUUGAAACCUUGAGGCAAGGCUACUCAGCCAACAACGGCACCCCGGUGGUGGCCACCGCGUACUCGGUUUCUGCUCAGAGCUCCAUGCCCAGCAUCAGAUGACUGAAGACUUCCGGUCAGAGUGGGAACGGGACACCGGACUGAGACGCAGAACUGCCCUCCCACCCUUGCUCUUCCCACCUCUCCUCACAGGCUUCCUCUCCCCCAAUAGGCAUGCCGGGCAGCCGAGAAGGGUGCUGAUCAUGUUGCUCUUUGGUGUUAAGUGGUGGGCUUUUUCUUCUCUUUUUAUUAGGGGUGGGGGUGGGGGUAAUUUGUAAAGUACUUUUGGUGCAUGAUCGGUCCCUCCCUUUAAACAUCCCUACCGUUCUGGAGAGAGGCAAGCAGCCUUCCCUCUCUGCCUUGGAUUCUGAAGCAGUUCUUGUUUGUCUCAUCCCAGACAUGGCCAGACGUUUUUCUUUGAUUUUUAAUUUUUUUAAUUAUUAUUAUUAAAAGAUACCAAUGUGAGAUAAACCUUUUUAAGAAUCUGUCCCAGAAUGUGUUGUUUCUGUCCAGUAGGAUGGUGGUUUUCACUAUAGGUUACAUUUAUCUACACAUUAUAUACUUAGCAUAUAAUAUGUAAAUAAAUGCGUUAGAAAGAAGGAAUAUAGCUGUUUCAUUUUUCCUCUUUUUUCCCCCUCUAAUUCAGGCUAUUUCUAAAACAGAGCCUCGCAGUUAAUUUGUUUUUUGGUUUUACAGUGUCCUUCAAUGCUGGCGGCUGGGCCAGUUUUCCCGUCCUCCUGUGUGUUCCCAGGUCAUGGCCUGAGGGACAUAUAGGUUGGGGGAAGAGUGUAGCUGCUGUCCUAGCACUCGGGCAUUCGUGGCCUUCUCUGAGCUGUUUCCACAGCAAGAAGGAAUCGGAAGAAACCAAUUUGCUUUUUUAUUACCAAGCCAGGAGCAAAUGGCCUGAGGCCAGAUCCAGACAAAAGCAGUGAUAACUCUUAAAGCCUGCUCUCCAUGUUGACCAUAGGGAUUGGAACUGGAUUCUUGGGAUUACUGUCUAAAGAACUAGAACAUCAAGCACCAUUUCUAUGCUGCUGGUUUGGAGCCCCACACACACACACACAACAUCUUGUCCAUAUAUGCCUUAGACCAUGCUGACGGGGUAUUUAUUGUCUGUGCUCUUUAAAGCAUCUGGCUGUGUUUUGCAAGUGCAGUUUUGCAGCCCUGUCCCUGUGUUGGAUAACUGCUAAGUUCUAGAAAAGUGCACAAGGGGAAAAGUCCAGAUGUCCACAGGGGCUUGGUGACCCUGCAGCACUUGGCAUUGCACCAGGGGGUUUGUUCAGACCUACUAACGUCUGCCUCCCACUGCAGUCAGAAAGGGCCGUCUUCUGAGAAGUGCUGGACAGGAAUGGCGUGGUCGGGCACUGGCUCACUGCAGACUCCCUGUGGAUUCUGAGACCCAUUUCCUGCUGGCCUCUUUUGUCCCUAGUGUCCUUGAGUUGGCAAGUAAGAGGAGAGGAGUCUAGCUGGUGGAGGGUGAGGCUGGGGGUGAGGGAGCAGACGGCCCUAGGGCCCUGGCUCCGGACAGGAGCGUGUCGCUCAGCUCUCGGUGUCACUGCCUUUGUCAGAACAGAGCAGCCGCCACUGAAAAUUCUGAUAAUACUUGCACUUCCAAACACUUUUGCUCCUCCCUCUCUCUAAAAUAAAUGCUUAUUUAAAACAAGAAGAAGAAAGGAUUAUAUCUGGUUGACCUGGCACUUAGUGUUCUGAGUUUUGGGGAUCCUGAAUUGGUGGGCAUAAAAGUGUGCUGCAAGUUGUGUUGGCCCGCUCCUCGCUGCCUGGCAUCGCUCCUCCGGGCACAGGUCCCGAGGUAGAACCAGCACCAGGAGGUCCACUCGGCCUCCUUCAGAACGAGCACGCUGCUCCUGGUUGCCCGACUCAGAGCAGCCUAAGGGUCUGUCCAAAUAAGUCAAGAGGGAAAUAAAAUAAAUUCCUCUAAAUGAAAAACACAUUCUUCCAAGUAAACUGCACCUUUAUGGUCUGGGUUUGAAAGUGCUUUACAGGAAAACAACCAGUCACGCCUCCUGAAAAGCAGUGUUGAUUGUGAUGUGUGUGUAUUUUCAGGACCUGGAGACGGUUUUAUUAGGCUGGUGUAAACAAUACACUAUCCCAAAGGUCUGGUUUUGAUCGCGAUGGUGUCUUUGAGUCAGGAGGGCGAAUGGUGCCAAGAAAGUGUUUCCAGUGACCUGGGUGGAUCACAUUGGUGCCGUUUACUGGAGAGAUUGUGCUGAUGGUUUUGUAACUGACAAGGAGGCUCUGUCCCCCCUGGACAUGUUGGAAGCGGGGCGUUUCCUGCUGCACUAGGGUUGUGAGGAGCAGCAGGGCUGAGGCCUCGCACCGUGACUGUUUCCCAGGCAGACAGGACACCCCUUUGGUGAUGGAUUGGUAAACCUGUGAGGACCAGAACCUGCCUGGCUCUCCCCAAAGGAAGCUGGGGGGAUGGGGGGGAGACAAGAGGCAGCACAAAAACUGCCCUACUUCGAGAGCAUUUCUUAUUAUAGAAGGUCACGGGCGCCCGCUUAGGCAGAGGUGUGCCAUUGAUUCUGCCCUUCCCCGGCUUGCUCAGGCGAGAUGAAAACUGGUGCCUGGAUGCAGGGAGGUUGCGUGGCUCUCCUGCACAGCAAAUGUGGAGGUCUUCGGUUCUGAAGACCCCAACGGAAGGCAUCAGACUCAGAAGAGAGGGAGUUGUUUUUCUAUAUUCCCCCCCCCCCCAAUCUAUCGAUUGUAGCCAUUGGAAACAGAGCGUGAGGUUGCGAUCUUCUCUUGGACUGGAGUGUGCAAGUGUAGGAGUAAGAGAGAGGUACCCGGAGCACACGUUUUAAAUUCUCUCUAACCUUCUAUUUCCUUACAACCCAGGAAACAGAAGCCUUAUUUUCUUUCACAGGGCAAACGGGACAGGGUGGAACAGUUCAUGAGCUGGCUGUAUUUCUGUUUUGUUUUUACACGUGUUCACUGCCCCCAUCUGUCCUGCGUGUAGAAACUUCCCUCAUUGCAUACCCUGAGCCAAGGCCAUCUGGUGGGAUCAAAGGGGUGAGAGAGUCAGCCCCUCCCAGAGACCACUGGCCUGGAGGGUGGUGUCACAGCAGGAUUUCCGCCCUCUGCAUGAGGUCCCUGUCCCCAGGGAACCAGGGAGGCCUUGGCCUCUUUAAACCAUUGAGGAGCAGAGGUGGCUCUCAGCCCUCUGGGAGUGUUUUGCAGUCAGUUGUAAAUAGGUUGCUCUACAGUUGAGUUCCUUGGUGACAAAUAAAUAUUUACUUUUUUGAUGUUAGGAGUCAAUUCGCAUACGUCUCUGAAAACGUGCUUAGAAGACAAAAGUCACCCUCUGAGGUUUCUUAAAGAAGAGAACCUUCUCCACAAACGGCUCGACACCUCCCUGCCCAGUGGCAGGCUGCUGCCCUCUGCCCAUGUUCCUCUCCCGUCGAGCUGGACAGGGCCUUGCUUGGCUUCCCAGUCCUCUUCCUAAAAAACAGCCUCACUGGGCCACACUUACUCCUGGUUCACAAGAAGGGUAUAAUAACCGCCGUGUGAUUUUCGCCACCAAUGUGAUCUCAGUGUUUCCCAGAUGUUCCUUUAGCCUGCCCUAGUUGAGAAGAGAUUGAGGAUUGUGGGAGAUACUGAAGGCCUUUGUGUUUUGAGGGAAAUGUGAGCUGUCGGUAAUUGAUAACACAGCUUCAUGCUGGCCCAUCUGCGCUUCAGAAAAUAAUCCACAUCUUGACAAAAAGGAGGAGACGUGCAGGACUGAGCGAUAGUUCAGGCAGCUCUGGGGCAGAGACCGACGACUGCAUGUAGCUUUUCCUGCAGCCCUGUGUUUCGAAGCCCUGCGGGCAGCCCAGCCGCCGCAGUUCACACUGCCCAGUGGAGGCGGUGGUCAUUGCUUUCGAGCCCUAGCUCUGCUCCCGCAUGCCCCCAGAGGGCAGACAGAAAAGGACCCCAGAGUCUGGCUCAGCACGCUGGGUGCACCCUGUGGACAGAGGCCUGACCUUUCAGGACAGCUGAGGGAGGUCUUGCUCCGGCUGCUAUGGUAACUGUUCUUGCAGGCGAGGGUUCGGCUUCCUUGUCACCCAAAGCAGCGAGACAAGUGGGACUUUGGGUAACAGUUGCACAUCAGGAGUGUGGUCCGCAACACUUAAAAAAGAACUCUUAAAAAACAAAUAAACAAAAAGCCUCUUGUCCUGUAUCCUGUUGCUUGAGGUCACUGCAGGCCCUGGGAGCCUGCCGACUCUGGGCACCUCUCCAGUGGGGCCAGCAGUCUCCCACCCUGCCCCUGAAAGGGCAGCUUCACCCUUGGACCAUUGGCCCUGGCAACUCCAAUACAGACAAGAGAUGUGAGAAACCUAAUCAGGACAUCUGAGAAAAGGCUCCCGCUCCCCUCCAGAUAAUCAACUAGUGUGUCCUCCCGGUUUCCUCCUCAAACAAUCAUCAACAGGGACAGGGAGGCUCUGGCUGGCUGUUGAUUCCAGCCGCUGCGCUGAAGCAGGCCGUGGCCUGGUGUUUGCCUCUGCACUGAGCAGCUUUCCGAGGAAGAGGUUGCCUUGCCCCUGGAGCCCUGGGUACAGCAUUGGCGCUUGUCUUAGAAACGGAAACAGUCCAUCUGGGAGGAAGCCUGACUGGGGACUCAGCAGACCAGGGAGGGACUCUGCUGAAGAAGGCAGUGUUUUGACCAAAAAGGCUAGAAGGUGGAGAGAGCCAUGGCUUCUGCCCUGCAGUGAUUGAUGACUCAAAACUUCCUUCUGUUCACUUUCUCAACUCCUGACCCCCAAACUGAUCUGACUUCUUAUGGGCACACACACAUAUAAACCCCUCGAGAGAGGCUCUAUGACACAAACAGUGGCAUUGUGGCCGUUUUACCCAGGGCACCGCCACCUCUGACAGGCUGGAUCACUGAACUGCACGCAGACAUGCUGGUUCCCAAAUAGUGACCUACCGCACUCCCUGCUGUGACUGACUGCUCUUCUGCCGCCACCUGAGCUGGUCCAGCCAGGCAUUUAGAGCAAAGUCGUGGGUCAUUGGCGCUCCGUAGGGGAAAGAAGGCAAGAUGCUUUUAUCUAGAUCCUGGGCCUUGAGCCCAUACUCCCCUUUCUAUCAUGCUGGGUGAAGUCUCACCUUCAAGAAAUAGUUUUUUACUAGUAAAAUUGCCUGUACACCGCUCCAGCAAGCUAUCCGGCAUGAGCCUGUCUUCCUAAGCAUUUUCAGGCGGAAUUGAAAAUGUCAGCUUAAAGCAUUGGCAGAACUCUGUAUGCUCUUUCCCCUCUUAGCUGCCCCAUUGGGCUGGGGAUGGCCGGGGGGUGGGGAGGAGCCUUUCAGCGUCUUAACCUUGGUCUGUUAACCUCUAUCUAUUGGGGAGAAACUGUGUCAGUAGUAAAUGAUCCAGAGACAUCUGGUGUAGGUGACAGGCCCGCAGCAGCCCCCGAGGCCAGGUGGCAGGUAAGGUAGGACAAGAACAAGAGCCUCCUUACAGAGAGCAGGCCUGGCUGCAGGCAGGUCUUGGGAGCUGAGCACUGAGUGCUCUGCUAAGGGGAGGGUGUUCAGGGCCUGUGCUUCGGAAGCCCGAGAGAGGGUGGAAGGGAGAGGGCAGGUAUCAGAGCUCUUACCAUGCGGCUGUGAACAUCUCUCCUCCAAACUUUUCCAGGGGACUCACCCCCUCCAAAACCUCGUUGAUGAGCCUCAGUUGCAUUGUGGUGGACAGAGACGUGGCGGUGGUUGAGGUGCAGGAAUGGGAGCCCAGUGGUGGCGUGGUGGGAGCUUUAGUGGGAGAGAGAUUGGCCGGCAGAGCGUGUGUGGGGCAGUAUCAUCUGGGCCCAGUAAUGCUCCCACUGGCUUCUCAUCAGACAGAGGGUGGGUAACUGGAACUCAGACCACAGCCGUGUGUCCACUCCUGCCUCCAUCACAGGAAAGAGCGCUACCACUUUGCCAGGUGCUCAAGUGAAGUCUUUGGAGGCUGUGGGCAGCGGGUUCAGAAUGAACAUGAUGCACGUGCGUGCGUCUCUCCCACUCAGUGUCAGACAGGAAGCGGCCGCCCGCUAGCAAUCGCAUUUGCACGCCUAGCUGCUGUCUGCCCAGCCUUUGUUUCCAGGGCUUGUCUUCUGUCCUCGUCCUUGCCAGUGGCCUAGCUAGGUGACAGCGGUUUGCCCGUGCAGGGCAUGGUCUCCAAACAACCUAAUGGUUUUCGAAGGGCUUUGGGUCCCCCCUCUGAUCACCUCCUCUCCAUCUGCAUCAGUGUCAGAAGGUUACCAGUCCUAUCUCAGAAUUAGACCUGCUUCCCCCAACGUAUCACGGGGUAUCACCCAGAUAAUAGACAAAGUUCAACAGGUGUUUCCAGGGAACUCCCUCCUCCUCCACACACACCCCUUGGAUUGAAGCAAAGUAGCCAAGAUUAUUGAGUUUGUUUGAACUUUUCCUUGUGCCUUCCCCAUAGCGUUUCUGUACCUGAGCUGAGGCUCAGCUGGUCCCGGCCAGUAAUGACUGCAGAGCAGCAGGAGGCCCACGCACAGGACUGUGCGACUCCUGUCCCCUUCCCUCAGGGCCACCCAGAAAGGACCUCCCACCAGGUCACCUAGCCCCUUGGCCAACAGGCUGAGUGUGUGAAUCACUGCCUAGGCAGUGGGAGUCAUAUUUGUGGAAAGGGUCGAGCAUGAACCAUCGGCAGGCUGACUCGGCCUGGAGCAGAGGGUGUCCAGAAUAGCCCUUGCAGAACUCAAAACAGACCCUGAGGAAUCCAAGGAAUGGCACUUGCAGGGAAGGAAGGAAGGAGGGCUGGUUGUGUUCCUUAAACCUUUUCCAACCAGCUGCUGGUUUAAGGAUGCGGGGAUAUGGGAAUACUACUUCCCCACCUCCAUCUGGGGCUGCCCCAUGACUUCAGAAUGCCCUACCCCAUGGGUGCAUGGACUUGUUUCCCAUUUGGGGGAGGGGGGUGUCCGCUCCCCUCCGCCCCCCACCCCACCCCAUGUUUCCAAAACAGCCUUGCUUGGCACUGCAUGGAAAAUCGGGCUUUCCUUCCUGCCCUUUCUGCUCGGGCCAGGCCUCUUCCCCGGUGGCGUCCCAGUCCUUGUAAGGGAGGCCUCGAAGUACUCAGACCUGGGGGGAGCGGGGCUGGGUCCAGAGAAGGCCAGAGGUGGGGGUUGUGUUUUCCUGGUUCCUUUUCUUGAGGGAGAUGUCUGGGCCCCCCUCCCCCUGCCUCUCCCUUGCACUGGGGCGUGUGCCUUCCAGAUCUGGUGGGACCCGCCGGCCGGUAUGGAGGAGAAUGUAGGGUCCUGCCCUCGGGUGUGGACUGAGACCCGUGCCCAGCAGAUGGGAGUCCUGCUUUCCUUCUCUGCUGGCUGGCUGGCUGUGUGUAACUGUCCUUCUGUAUUGAAGCGUCCCUUAUGGGGUACCAGCAACCAUCAGGGCAGACAGUCCCCCCUGUAGUCUAGAUGGAGCUUUGGUCCUCCCCCUAAAUCCCCACCCCACUCCUUUUUGUACAGUGCUUAACCCUGUGAGUGUGCGGCCCCUUUCUGUGUGUGACUCAGUUUCUUGCCAUUUGAGCUAUGUGGGAGGAGGGAAGGGGAUUGGAAUUGUAGGUUGUAAUCUUGUGCCAAUCAAUAAAAACCAGUAUUUCACACACA